UCCUGGAAGAGUAAUGUCCGAGCUCCCAGGCAGCUGGAGUAGGUGAGGUGGCGAUUCAGCGCGGGAGCGUUCCGGGCGUCCGUCGGGCCCCACCGCCCCAAGGCCGACCCUCCUCUCUCCCUCCGGGGUUCGUGGGGCCCGAGAUGGAAUCCGCAGCCCGGGGUCGCGCCCCGCCCUGAGAGCCCCCUCAGCCUGCCAUGCUGCCCCGAGGGCGCCCCCGGGCGCUGGGGGCCGCCGCGCUGCUGCUGCUGUUGCUGCUGCUUUUUGGAUUCUUCCUGUUCCGCGAGGAUCUGGAGUGCGAGCGCCGCGAGCGGGGACGCUCGGGAGCCUUCCCCUGUGUGCUGACGCCACGCAUUCCCCUCGACGGGCGGCCACGGGGGGCUGCUGCCCUCGACGGAGACCCACAGGUGGACCACCGGGGCCACAACCAUUCGGACUGCGUCCCGCCACGGCCGCUGCCUCCCAGGUGCGAGCUCUUGCACGUGGCAAUCGUGUGUGCAGGACAUAAGAGCAGCCGAGAUGUAAUCACUCUGGUGAAGUCCAUGCUCUUCUACAGGAAAAACCCACUGCACCUCCACCUGGUGACUGAUGCUGUCGCCAGGAACAUUCUGGAGACGCUCUUCCACACAUGGAUGGUGCCCGCUGUCCGGGUCAGCUUCUAUGACGCUGAUGAGCUCAAGCCCCAGGUCUCCUGGAUCCCCAACAAGCACUACUCUGGCCUCUACGGGCUGAUGAAGCUAGUGCUGCCCGGCGCCCUGCCGCCCGACCUGGCCCGUGUUGUUGUCUUAGACACGGACGUCACCUUCGCCUCUGACAUUGCGGAGCUCUGGGCACUCUUUGCUCACUUUUCUGACGAGCAGGCGAUCGGUCUCGUGGAGAACCAGAGCGACUGGUACCUGGGCAACCUCUGGAGGAACCACAGGCCCUGGCCCGCCUUGGGCCGGGGGUUUAACACAGGUGUGAUCCUCCUGCGGCUGGACCGGCUCCGGCGGGCUGGCUGGGAGCAGAUGUGGAAGCUGACGGCUACACAGGAGCUCCUCUCCCUGCCCGCCACCUCCCUGGCUGACCAGGACAUCUUCAAUGCCGUCAUCAAGGGGCACCCGGGGCUGGUGCAGCCCCUGCCCUGCGUCUGGAAUGUGCAGCUGUCGGACCACACGCUGGCGGAGCGCUGCUACCUGGAGGCGGCUGACAUCAAGGUGAUCCACUGGAACUCACCAAAGAAGCUACGUGUGAAGAACAAGCACGUGGAAUUCUUCCGCACCCUCCACCUGACCUUCCUGGAGUACGACGGGAACCUGCUGCGGAGAGAGCUCUUUGGCUGUCCCAGCCCGCUGCCCCCGGAGGCUGAGCAGUUGCAGCGGGCCCUGGCACAGCUCGACGAGGAGGACGCCUGCCUUGCGUUCCGGCAGCAGCAGCUCCUGGUGCACCGCGUGCACAUCACUUUCCUGCCCCACGAGCCGCCACCCCCCCGGCCCCACGAUGUCACCCUUGUGGCCCAGCUCUCCAUGGACCGGCUGCAGGUGCUGGAAGCCCUGUGCAGACACUGGCCGGGCCCCAUGAGCCUGGCCUUGUAUCUGACAGACGCAGAGGCCCAGCAGUUCCUGCGUUUCGUCGAGGCCUCGGCGGUGCUCUCCGCCCGGAGGGAUGUGGCCUACCACGUGGUGUACCGUGAGGGGCCCCUCUACCCCAUCAACCAGAUUCGCAAUGUGGCCUUGGCCCAGGCCCUCACGCCUUACGUCUUCCUCAGCGACAUCGACUUCCUGCCUGCCCACUCCCUCUACGACUACCUCAGGGCCUCCAUCGAGCAGCUGCAGCUGGGCGGCGGGCGGAAGGCAGCGCUGGUGGUGCCCGCCUUCGAGACCCUGCACUACCAUUUCAGCUUCCCCAGUUCCAAGGCUGAACUGCUGGCCUUGCUGGACACUGGCUCUCUCUACACCUUCAGGUACCACGAGUGGCCUCGGGGUCACGCGCCCACGGACUAUGCCCGCUGGCGGGAGGCUCAGGCCCCGUACCGUGUGCAAUGGGCAGCCGACUACGAGCCCUAUGUGGUGGUGCCGCGUGACUGUCCCCGCUAUGACCCCCGCUUCGUGGGCUUUGGCUGGAACAAGGUGGCCCACAUCGUGGAGCUGGAUGCACAGGACUAUGAGCUCCUGGUGCUGCCAGAGGCCUUUGCCAUCCACCUGCCACACACCCCAAGCCCUGACAUCUCCCGCUUCCGCUCCAGCACCGCCUACCGGGACUGCCUGCAGGCCCUCAAGGAGGAGUUCCACCAGGACUUGUCCCGCCGCUACGGGGCUGCUGCCCUCAAAUACCUCACUGCCCUGCGGCAGCCCUGAGGCCCUCCUGACCUCCCAGGGCUGGGCCUGCGUGGCUCGACCCAGCCCUUGGCCUUGGCCCUCACACUCUCCGUUGUUUAAAUUAUUUAAGGUCUCUGGGAAGGGCUGCACUGGAGCAUCUGGGGCGGGGCCUGGGAGCCUCCCUUUGCUGCUCCUGUAGACCUGGGCCCUGGUGUUGUCCCUCUGCCCCAGCUGGUUUGGGGCCGGUUCCCCCAUCCUCAACUCUGCGUCCUUUUUUCAUAAAUAAUGUUAAAAGCU